AUGUCACUUGAAGACAUUGUCAAAUCCUUAGCCACAAGUAAUCAACAAUUCCAAAAAGUGACAAGCACUAGUAUCUCUAACCUUGAAGCACAAAUGGGGGAUAUAGUUACGUCUAUAAGCAUGUUGGAGUCAUGUGGAAAAUUACCUUCUCCAAGCAAAAAGAACCUAAAUGUCAGUGUGGUGACCUUGAGAAGUGGUAAAAUAACCAUAGAAAGUAGUUCAAAGAAGAAGCCAAUGGAAGAAGAGGAAGAAAUAGAGUUUACUUCCAUUGAGGAUCCUAUAGUCAAGAAUGAUGCACAAACCGAAGUUCCAAAGAAAACUAUUCCCCUAGUGACACGAAUAGCCACUCAACCGCCAUUCCCCUCUCGACUUGCAACUUUAAAGAAGAGUAUGGAGGAGAACGAGAUUUUAGACACCUUCCGAAAGGUGGAAGUAAACAUCCCUUUACUUGAUGAAAUCAAGCAAAUCCCUAGAUAUGAAAACUUCUUGAAAGAGCUUUUUACGAACAAGAGGAAGUGGAAGGGAAACGAGAAAAUUUCAAUGAAUGAAUCCGCAUCCGUGGUUUUACAAAGGAAACUUCCACCCAAAUGCAAAGAUCCCGGAAUGUUUAUGGUUCCUUGCAAGAUUGGGGAGGUCACUUUUAGUAGUGCCAUGCUUGACCUUGGUGAUUCCAUCAAUUUCAUGCCCUAUUCGGUGUAUAAAUCAUUGAAUGUCAGACCUUUAAGUGAAUCCGAUGUCAUAAUUUCUCUUGCGGAUAAAUUGAGUGUCUUUCCUAGAGGUGUUCUAGAAGAUGUUUUGGUUCAAGUGAACCAAUUGGUCUUUCCGACAGAGUUCUAUGUGAUUGGUCUAGAUGCGCAAGUGUCCUACAAAUCGGCUCUAAUCUUACUUGGGGACCGUUUUUGA